AUGUCGCCGUCGUACUCCCUCAAGCGCACGCGCUCACACUGCGCAAUCAUGAGCGACGUAGCACCGAGCAACAGCAACGCGGUCGUGUUCUAUUGUAGUCGUCACUCGCAUGUCACGAACGACGAAAAAGGCAACGGCAACGACAACACCACCGGAAAGUACAACGGCAACGGCAACGGCAACGACAACGGCAACGGCAACGACAACGGCAACGGCAACGACAACGGCAACGGCAACGGCAACGACUUCAUCUCUGCUGCUCAAUUGGUCGCACUGGUGCUCGAGUACCUCCAAGACGUGGCGCAGUGCUGCCACUACGUCGUCACGUUGAGCUUUGCGCAGCUGCGACACUUGCUGCAGUCGUUUCCUUUGGCGGUGCGACACAUGCACUACAUUGUCGAGACCCGUCUCGACCAGCUAUCGUGGCCACUUGUCGCAGCACUUGUGCAAAACAUCACGGCGUUCAUUUGCGACGACGAUCUCCGGGACGCGUCCGUAAGUGAACUCGCGGCGUUCCUACAGACGCGGCCCAUGUCUGCGCCGUCUCGCAACGUGUGUGCCGACGUGAUUGAGUUUUUCCAGGACGUGUUGCAGCAGUUUAAGCUCUUUUUGACCACUCAGUGGCUGCAGAGCGGUCGUUUGGGUUUCCCGUGCGAAUUCGGCAAAAAGUCCGACGUGCUGUUCUUGUGCAUGGAGUGCCAUCGCGAGCACAUGUGA